AUGCUGAUACAUGAGUUUCAGAGUGACGAUGGCAAUAAACGACUGGUUUUAAAAUUCAAAAAGUUAGGUAAAAAUGCUACGGCACCUAGCUACGGUUCUUCAAAUGCUGCUGGAGCGGAUCUUUACAGUGCAUGUGACUGUACUGUACCUCCCAAAGGUAAGUAUCUCGUGCCUACAGAAAUACAAAUCGAAGUUCCUGAGGGGUGUUACGGCAGGGUUGCCCCACGUUUCGGACUUGCAGAUAAGAAUUUUGUUGAUGUUGGAGCUGGCGUAAUUGAUCCUGAUUAUAGAGGAGAAGUCAAAGUUCUUCUAUUCAACCACGGAACUGAAGAAUUAAAAGUGUGCAAAGGUGACCGAAUUGCACAGUUGAUUUGCGAACGAUUUGAACGCUGUGAAGUGCUUGAAACUGAACUUGACGUUACUGAUCGCGGUGAUGGAGGUUUUGGUUCCACUGGUGUCUAA